AGAGCAUAGUCUUGUAAGAGUUCAAUUGAAGCAAUUCAAUUACAGGUCCCAAGCACCUGAAUACCUGCCUUCUUGCUUGCUAGCCUCCUCAACAAACCAUGUCGGCGAUGCUGUCUGCCCGCUCUGGAGCUCUGCUCACCCAGCGCCCCUGCAAGGCUCGCGCUGUUAGCCGGUCGACCGUGAAGGUCCAGGCCCACCAGGUCACCCUGCGGAUGCCAUCCGGCAAGACUCGCACCCUGGAGGUGUCUGAGGAUGAGGCUAUCUUUGAUGCCAUCGACCGUGCGGCGGACCUGGACCUGCCCUACCUGUGCCGCAGCGGCACCUGCGGCACCUGCGCUGGCCGCGUCCAGUCAGGCCAGGUCACCCAGAUGGGACCGACCAUCCUUGACGAGGACCAGGUCAAGGCCGGCUUCGUGCUCCUGUGCUCUUCGUACCCUCGCUCCGACUGCACCAUCCUCACCCACCAGGAGGAGCGCGUGCACACCGAGUACGCCAAGAACUAAGUGCUAGUUCAGCGCGAUAAAGCGUUACAGCUGUCGACCGGCGACAUGCAUCGUCAGACUCGCGCAGGUGGCUGCGUGGGGUCGGAUGUGUUGGCCGUAGGCGGCUGUGGUGGAUCGCUUAGCUUAGGUUGUUGAUGGAGCCGUGUAAAGUUGGAGUUGCAUUCUUUGGGAUGACGUUGCAAUUGCGGGGAGGGUAUCGGGAUCUUGCAAAGACUCUUGCAAGCAAAAAUGUAAUGGGCAGAUCCAGCGCGUGUGAUUAGGGCGAUGGUCGCUGCAUGACUUGUUACCAAAGUUUUGGACUUUUCGUGUCUCCCUUAGGCAGGAUGAUGUGCAUAGUUUUCCCUAUUUCGACUUUGACGCCCUUAGCACUGCGUUUGUAUCUGAUGGUUUUUCAUGUGUGCCAGAUUUGCGCACGGCUGUCGCUCUGGAAGGACACAUGCACCGCAUCAGCUGCCCGUGUUGUGCGUUGUCGCUGAUAUUGGCGAUCGCACGUUGUAACUUAUUUCUGUAUCAGACUGGUAUCAAA